CUUCCACCGACAACAGGCCGCAUAAUAAAUAUCGUGAUGUCACGAGAUCUAUAACCUCUAACCCCCGCAGAGCCUGCUUGUGCUCUCCCUAUCUUGACUACCCCUCCACCGCCGGCUCUCUCUCGCCCACCUUCUUUUCCGUUUUCUACAAAAUGGCCUCCACAGCAACUCCUCCACCGGCGUCCUCCCAAGAGUACAAUUCCGACUCAGCCCAGGGCCAACCAGCAGAGAUGAGCGUGAUUCUGUGUACCGCCGGGUACGACCAUACGAUACGAUUUUGGGAAGCAUGGAGUGGUAUCUGCUGUCGCCAGAUCACACUGCAACCAGGCUGGAAACAAGUCAAUAGGCUGGCUAUCAGCCCCAACAAGGCGUUCGUUGCUGCUGCAGGAAACAACACGGUUCGCAUUUGGGAUAUCUCAUCCAUGUCAAACUCUCCUAUAGCAAGCUUGGAAGGACACAGCGGUAACGUCGUUGCGCUCGCCUAUAGCGCUCUAGGCAAAUGGAUCGUGACUGGCGGUGAAGACGGAUGUGUCAAAGUAUGGGAUACCCGGACGGCGCAAACGCAAAGAAUGUACACGCACGACUGCCCAGUGAAUGACGUUGUGAUACACCCGAACCAGGGAGAACUUAUAAGUUGUGAUCAGUCGGGAAGUGUGAAGAUCUGGGAUUUGGCAGAGAACAGCUGUACACACGAGCUAGUUCCGGACGAGGAUGUUCCUAUAAGAACAGUCUGUAUAUCAUCGGAUGGGAAUACCCUGGUAGCCGCCAACGACAAUGAAAGUCUCUCUCCCCAAUCUAGUUUCAUCAGCUAACCAUCUCUCAGGGCAUGGUUUACGUCUGGCGCAUCAUUCCCGUCCCCAAUGCCAACGCCAACCUCAUCCCCGUAACCUCGUUCCGCGCCCAUACCAAAUACAUUACCCGCUGCAUCUUAUCCCCCGACACCAAAUAUCUCGCCACCUGCUCCGCCGACCAUACCGUCAAAGUUUGGUCCACCGCGGGGAUCGAUUAUACAUUGGAAAAGACGUUGGUGGGACAUCAGAGAUGGGUUUGGGAUGCUGCUUUUAGUGCGGAUAGUGCUUAUUUGGUCACUGCAUCGAGCGAUCAUGCUGCGAGGUUGUGGGAUUUGAGCUUGGGAGAGACUGUGCGGCAGUACGAUGGACACCACAGAGCGGCAGUCUGUUGUGCCCUGAAUGAUAUCAACCUCGCCUAGUGUACCGAGUCUUAUUUGUUUGUAUUCACCCUUGGGAUAGACGCGCAUUGCGAAAGCGAUACAAAUAUGCAUUAA